GAAGAAGAAACUGACUGUGCAGUUUAGUGAACUACAGCCCAACAAUGUAAACAGUUAUAAUAAGCCCUGUUUGAGGAAAAAUUAAGUCAUAACAUGAUGGCCAAGCGUAAGAGAAACCUGGACAUGAGGUGUGUGUUAUUCCCAGACGAUUUGAAGGACACUUUCAGAAAGGCGGGAAAACCCUCUGCCAGAACAUCCACACCUGCCACCAAGAGCUGGGAGAGAUGCGGGGACAGUUUCCUGGACACAUCUGUCGUCCAGAAGCUGCAAACAUCAGAGAAGGAGAGCAGAAAUGCACAUAAUGGGGCUCUGGCGUCUGUGUCUGGGAAAAGAGAUGCUGGCACAGAUGAACCGGUGCACAUUGCCUGGAGCUCCAGUGAAGAGGAAGAAGCAGACAAUGAUAGUCAUCCUCCUCCUCGACUGACUGUCACACAGGCACCACAUCGGCCCAGAGCACACAAACAACAUCCUGUUGACUAUUACAGGAAUCUGCGGAUGUUCAGCACUGGCGUAGAGACAGAUGACCUGCCCUCUAUUGAUUCAGACAGCGAAUUGGAGGAGGACAAUUCAGCUUCAAAAGAGCACAGUGACUUUCUAAAUCCUGUUCCGCCAGCAGCUGAGAUUUCAGACUACUCGUCUUAUGACGAUAGUGAUGAAGAUCCAGAAGAAAGCAGAGCAGACUCUUUCCCUCUGGACCCAGCCGAAACCAGCAAGCAGUCGGUCAGCGAGUGGGUUCGAUCCGCUCAGGCCAUUCUUCGGACACCUCAGAAACAAAUCGCCAAGAGCGCCAAGACCCCAGAGGACUCGAGUAAAAAGAGGAGGAGAUUUGAAAGAGGAGGUCUUGCUGAAAGGCUCAACCGACUCCACAGCAGGCAAAGAUCAGCCAUCAGCUUCUGGAGACAUCAGUGCAACUCAACCACAUCAGCUGCUGACAGGCCAGGUGUCCUCACGCUGAGGAUUCUGGGAGUUCGAGAGGAAUGUGGCAUGCAGGCCACAGUGUGUGACAGGCUGCCGGAGGGGGAAAGGUGUGUGGCUCUUUUCAACAAAGCCACGGCCGCCCAGCUACAGCCUGUGCCCGGAGACAUCGUCCACAUCUACCCACCCUGGCAGAAUCUGGUUGUGGAAGGGGAACGCUAUCCCAUAAUUCUCAACACCCACUUCAGUCAGAAAGUCUGCAUGGAGAAUAAGCAGGAUAACGCAGACGGGCCGAGAGAUGCAGUCGCCGUGGAGAAAUGCAGACCUCCGCCGUUAACCACGUGUCUGUGGCGGUCAGGGACAAGCCAAGUGUCAACGGAGAAAUCCAUUCCCUGUAAACAGGUUGGCGAGUUGAACAGAAGUGAAAUUCGGAAGUCUCUACUGGAUGCAGUGGAGGAUUGUGGGUCGUCGGGCUUUCAGAGCGGUCCUGUUGAGGUGGUUGUUCAGAGGGUCUACUGCAUCCCCAUCACCCAAUCCCUUCACAGAGCUUCUCUCCAGCACAGACCAGCAGAACCAGUGCCACCGCAGCACAUCGGCAGGUUGUGUGCUCUCGUUCAGGACAGUUACGGGAUGUUCGGUGAGGUUCUUCUGCAGUGUGUGUCCACAGAAUCAGAGAUCCAGCUGAACUCUGAGCAACUGGAGGGUUGUGUGUGCCUCCUCCAGGCCCUGAGGGUCGUCCAGCGUCUCACACGUGACAAAUGUUCUUUGCUCUUCAGUAUGAUUGACAGUUUGUGGCCUCCUCCAGUUGAUCCAAAAUCUCAUGACGAACUUCCACAGUCUCCCAGCGAUCGAGUCCCACCACCCAGUUUCUGCUAUAGGCUGAGCAUCCAGCAGGGUCACAUGGUUUCGUUAUCAAGACCGGCUGAGUCUCCAGUGUACCGACCACCUGUGCUUCAGACGCUGAGAGAGAUCCUUCAGGAUGAAUCUUUGAGAUUUCGUUGCAGCUUUCGUGCCACUGUGGUCCAUAAACAUUUAUUGAGCUCAAAUGCAGGCGAAAUGGAGAUGCUGCUGUUUGUGACAGAUCCCAGUCUCCAAACGGAGCCAAACACAGAGGGAAACAGGAGAACCGUAGCCGUGUGUCUGAGGCCGUCCUGCCUGAUCCGGAGCUCAGUAACACAUGCCCUGGACGUCCUGCAGAAACAGCCCGUUCUGAAGUUCAGAGAUGCAGUGAAGGAGCAUGGUCAGAUAUUCUGCUGGGAUCAGACAGUAAUCCAACUGGAACCAGAGGACCCGUCUUUCUCCAUACCACAGCCCAUAAUACUGGAUCACCUGGGUCCAGAAACCCUCCCAUACUCUCUCUGCUCUGUCACAGGUGUGAUUGUUGCAGUGGACGAGAGCACAGCGUUCUCCUGGCCCACCUGCAGCCGGUGUGAGAGUUGCCGUUUAGAGACUCGAGAAAAGCAGAAAGGAUUCCGCUGUUUAGUAUGUGGAGCAGUGAUGGAUGAAGCGACCAUAAAGAUGCAGCUGGAGGUGUUUCUGAGCUGCUCCUCACUGAGCCACUGUACUGUCAAAGUCAAGUUGCAGCAGAAGACCAUUAAUUCUCUCCUGAACUCGACAAGGUGUCCUGAGGGUUACAGUGUGGAAAAUGUCCUUGGGUCGGAAGUCGGUCCUCUCGGCACCUUCGUCCACGUGGUGAACAGAAGUCACACAGUUUGGAUGGGUUUGGAGGAGUUAUCCUUUGACCUGCACUGACUAGCACACUCAUCUGUUAAUAUCUUGUCUUGCCUUACUUCCAGAUGUAUGUAAAUAAACAAAAGGAAAAAAGGGCAUAGUGCCAGAAUAA